AUGGUUUCCAUCAACCCGGAGUCAAAAUCAAGAGCUGUGAACAGGGAGGUACUCAGUGAGCUAAUCAAGUUGCACGGGAAGACAUCCCUUGGCGGCAAAUUGCCUGCCUAUGAUGGAAGAAAGAGUCUCUACACUGCAGGCUCACUCCCUUUUGAGUCUGAGGAGUUCUCUGUUACACUGGUUGAUCCCGAAAAGAAAGACAAAGAAAAGGCUGAAAGGGAGUACAAGAUCACCAUUAGGAUUGCUGGGAGGACAGACCUGUACCACCUCCAGCAGUUUCUCAAAGGAAGACAGAGGGAUAUGCCUCAAGAAACCAUCCAAGUUCUUGAUGUUGUCCUCAGGGAGUCACCAUCCUGGAACUAUGUCACAGUGUCCAGAUCCUUCUUCUCCACCACCUUUGGUCACAGAGGAGACAUUGGUGAAGGAUUAGAGUGCUGGAGAGGUUACUACCAGAGCUUACGCCCAACUCAGAUGGGGCUGUCACUCAAUAUAGACAUAUCUGCAACAUCCUUCUUCAAGCCUGUGACAGUGGUCCAGUUUGUGCUAGAGUUCCUCAACUUACGUGAUGCCUCGCGCCCUCUGACAGACAGGGACCGUAUUAAGAUAAAGAAAGCACUCCGUGGGGUGCGUGUCGAAACAAACCACCAGGAAGACCAAAUCAGAAGAUAUAAGAUAACAGGGAUUACUCCUGUUCCCAUGAGCCAGCUCAUAUUUCCUGUUGAUGAGAGAGGAACAAGAAUGUCAGUUGUUCAUUACUUCAUGCAAAGAUACAACUACAAUCUGCAGUAUACUUCUUGGCCCUGCUUGCAGUCUGGAAGCGAUGCUCGGCCUGUGUAUCUGCCUAUGGAGGCGUGCAAGAUUGUUGAAGGGCAAAGGUACUCUAAGAAACUGAAUGACAAGCAGGUCGCCAACAUACUUAGAGCUACCUGUCAACGUCCCCAGCAGAGGGAGCAAAGCAUUCGUGAGAUGGUUCUGCAUAACAAGUAUGCUGAGGACAAGUUUGCUCAGGAGUUUGGAAUCAAUGUCUGCAGUGACCUUGUCUCUGUUCCAGCCCGUGUGCUGCCUCCCCCCAUGUUGAGAUAUCAUGAUUCUGGAAAGGAGAAAACUUGUGCGCCAAGUGUUGGACAGUGGAACAUGAUUAACAAGAAAAUGAUCAAUGGAGGAAUCAUAGACAACUGGGCCUGUGUGAGUUUUUCACGCAUGCGUCCUGAGGAGGUACACAGGUUCUGUUGUGAUCUGAUUCAGAUGUGCAAUAUGACUGGAAUGUCUGUCAAUUCAAGGCCACUUGUAGACAACCGAUCAGCGAGCCCCAACCACAUUGAGAAUGCUUUGAGAGAUGUCUACAGGAGGACAACGGAAAUGCUUUCCAAGCAGGGACACGAAAAACAGCUACAACUGUUAAUUGUAAUCCUACCUGAAAUCAGUGGUUCUUAUGGGAAAAUCAAGAAGGUUUGCGAGACUGACCUUGGGAUUGUGUCUCAGUGUUACCUGCCAAGAUAUGCUGCCAGACCGAACAAGCAAUAUCUGGAGAAUGUUGCACUCAAAAUCAAUGUGAAGGUCGGACUGCCACCUUCCAUUGAGAAGGCCUUUGCUCGAUUUGGUGUUCCUGCUGUUACAAAAGUCCCAACAAUCAUCUUUGGUGCUGAUGUUACACACCCCCCACCUGGAGAGGACUCCACAUCAUCUAUUGCUGUGGUGGUGGCAUCAAUGGACUGGCCAGAGAUCACCAAGUACAGAGGUCUUGUCUCUGCUCAACCACACAGGCAGGAGAUAAUCGAAGACCUCUUCAGUGUCAGCAAAGAUCCGCAGAGGGGCAAUGUCAAUGGUGGCAUGAUCAGGGAGUUACUGAUUGCCUUCCGCUGGAAGACAGGCCGGAGGCCUGAGAGGAUACUCUUCUACAGGGAUAGUGUGAGUGAAGGCCAGUUGAGCACUGUACGUUUUCAUGAAAUGAAUGCAAUCAGGAAGGCCUGUGCUGCUUUGGAGGAGGGGUAUAUGCCCCAAAUUAUAUAUAUUGCUCUUGAUAAAUGA